AUGGGUCUGGGUUUUAGUUGUCUUGGUUUUAGUGCAGUGCCUUGGAUAACUUCUACUGUUAUUUCAUGUUUUUCUGCUGCCGCUUGUAAUUUAGGUUGUAAAUCAUGCAACUGUAAUAAUUCUAUAGCCACAAGAGUUGGAUAUGCUAUUAUAUUUUUAAUAAAUUCAAUGGUACAUCGUGUUUGUUUUGCACUUUCGCUUUUUCAUUUAAUUAUAGGAUUAUUAGUAAUCAAAGUUAAUAGCACUCUUAUUAGUUUUUUUAUUCCAAAUGAAUUUUUUGUGUUUUGGAGUAGUUCCGUUUCGUUGAUUGGAGCUGCAAUUUUUAUUCUUGUUGGUUUGAUAAUCUUGGUAGAUUUUGUGCAUAGCUGGAGUGAAAGUUGUAUUGAAAAAUGGCAAGAAGAAGACAAAGAAUUGUGGAAAUAUAUACUUAUUGGAUCAACGCUUUUCUUUUUUAUUGCUUCAAUUGUUCUCACUGGCAUCAUGUACAAAUUUUUUGGAGGAUCGGGAUGUCACACCAACCAAUUUUUUAUAACAUUUAAUUUAAUUUUGUGUGUUAUUGGUACAAUUCUAUCUAUUCACCCUAUAAUUCAAGAAAAAAAUUCUCGCUCAGGUCUUUCACAAUCAUCAAUGGUGGUUUUUUAUUGCACAUAUCUCAUUUUAAGUGCAGUAGUCAAUGAACCUCAUGACGAUAAUGAUGGUAAUAACAUUAGCGGCAGUGAUUAUGAUGACAAUUCACCUGUUUGUAAUCCUUUAUUGAAGACGGCCAACAGUGCAAGAACCACUACUGUGAUUAUUGGAGCUUUUUUCACUUUUAUAGCAGUCGCUUAUUCCACAUCAAGAGCAGCUACAGACAUCAAUUCAUUUAUUACUAAAUCAGACUAUCAUCCUAUUAAUACUGCAACUGCUGUGCCAUUAACGACCAACCAGUCAAAUGGUAACAUGCGAUCUGAUUCACUGCUGGCUGCUGUCGAAAGCGGAAGCCUUACAUCUGUUUGGGUCAAAAUUGUUUGUAGUUGGAUUUGUAUAUUGUUAUAUUUUUGGUCACUCGUUGCACCAGUUUUAUUACCUGAAAGAUUUGAAGUAUGA